AUGGAUAGCAGUGCUGUUUGGGUCUUCUGGCCUUUUGAGGUGAUCAUUGCUGUAAUAUGUUGUCUGGGCAAUGCGCUGGUGAUCUGGGCAGUGUGGAAAUGUGGUGCUCUAAGGCAGCCCACCUUCUGCUUCAUUGUGUCCCUCGCUGUGGCUGAUUUCCUGGUGGGAUCUGUUGCCAUCCCCAUGUCAGUGCUGGUGAACAUCCGUAUGAAGAUCCGCUUUUACGGCUGCCUUUUCAUGUGCUGCGUUGUCAUGAUGCUACAGUUGGCUUCUGGUUCUUCACUUCUGGCCAUUGCAGUGGACCGUUUCCUCCGUGUGCGCAUCCCUGUGACGUAUAAGUCUACAGUUACUCAAAAACGCUCUUGGAUGGUGGUGGCGAUCUGCUGGUUCACUGCUGCACUGUUGAGUUUUAUCCCCAUGUUCGGAUGGCACAACUAUAACACUUGGAAUGGCACAACACAAGCAAACUCCACCAGUUUUGAGUGUAGAUUCUUCACUGCUAGCAGCCGUUCAUAUGUUGUAAACUUUAUAUUCUUUGGCUUCUUCCUUCCUCUAUUGGCUGUCAUGACAGGCUUGUACUGUUACAUCUUCCUGACCACUAGAAGGCAGUUAAGACUAAAUAUAGGUGCAGCUACUGAGUCCCACACAUAUUACCAAAAAGAGCAAAGGCUGGCUGCUUCACUGGUUCUGGUCUUGGGUCUAUUUGUUGUCUGUUGGCUGCCUCUGUUCCUCAUGCAGACUAUAAAAUUAUAUGGUCCUAAAAUCGAGGUGUCCUCUCUCUUCGUUCAUAUAGGUGUCCUCCUGUCUCAUGUUAAUUUAGCAGUUAACCCCAUAGUGUAUGCAUUUAGGAUCCCCAAGAUAAAAGAGGAGUUUAAGAAGCUGUACAUGAGAGUUUACCAUGACGGACAACAGCACUAGGGAGACACAGCAGACCAUAGGUCUAAAUCAUGUGUUAGAAUCCAGUCCUGGUAGAACAAUAAACCUCAAUAUUUCCACUGAUUUUUCAAAACUUCUGCCUAGUUAGGGUGUAAACUUAUUUGGAAAGUCUUGAUUGUAGAGAAACUUACUGAGUCUGAUUUGUUCACAGUGAUGACAGAAACCAGACGACUAUUUUAGUGUCUCUAAAAGCUGUUAGAUAAGUUGUUAUAUAAAUUGUUUAUUAAUAUGCUGCCGGAUGCAUGAGACAUUGUUCUGUGAUAGUUUUCAUAGUAUUUUUCACUUGAUUUCACUUUCAUUUAGUUUUUUUUUUCACAUUUUCCUUCACUUCAUUUCCUUCUUUCAUCUUUAUCUAUAUUCCAAACACAUUGUAACCCCUGGUUCCCAUCACCAGCACCAAAGAAAUCCAUACUGACUAGUUUCUUUAUAGUGAGCCAUUUUACAUUAAAUCAAUCUGUUAGAGAGCAAGAAAGUGAUGAUCUCAACAAGGUUGGAUAGUAGUUGAGUCAGUAUGUAUUGAUUGUACUGUAGAUUUAAAGUUGUUGUUCAAACGCAAACAUCACAAAGCAUGUUUUUUUUAUAUGAAUUUUAAACAUUAAGUUAAAUAUGAAUGAAUUGUAUCAAGUUGUAUUGUUAAUUAAAAUGAUUGUACCUGUAAUCAGUGGUUCAUAGCUGUUUGGUGGAGUCACUGAAGACCAGCUUCACAUUUUCUAUUGUCGUAAACAUUUGUUCAAAUAAACAUCCUGCUCAUCUGUAGGUCUUGAUGAUUUGCAUGUCACUUUUUUAAGUUUGUGACCUGCGUUGGCCCCUAAUAAUGAAUGAAUAUUAAUAAGAUUAAUUAGAAAGCAUGGGUGCAGUUUCAUUUAAUAUUUAUAUUCACUUAGAUGUAAGUAUUAAAAUACAGUGAGACUUGGCAGAAAACUUGCGACUGUUAAAUGUAGAAUUCAUUAUUAUUACGCUCUUUACUGAGAAAUCAGUACAUCCCUUACAACUUGCACAAAAUGUAGUAGCACAGAUCCUGAUCCUCCCAAGACAAACCAUUCAGGUGCCCCAUUCAGGUGUGUACCUCAUUGACUUAAGUGGCUCUUGGCUUGUGUGAUGUAUUUUGCUAUGGAUGCCAGUUAAGCACACAGCAGAGUUAAUUGCAGUUCAGUUCAGUUCAGUUCAGAAUACUGUAUUAGUCCCAAAAAGAGCGACUCAUUUGUAGCCUUCUCAUCCAUACACACAACUGUACAUAUAUACACACACAUACAUACUUUAAAAAAAUGCAUGUAGCAAUAUUCAUAUUUUGGCUUCUAAACUAUGACCAAGAAAACGAUCAUAUUCUGCCAUCUAUCAGAUGUGGCUGAUUUCCUGGUGUUUAAACCUUCAGCACUGUCAAAACCAUUUAUUGUUUAAUCCUAAAAUAAAAAGUAACCAGAGAUGCUAAAAAUGUCUCAUUCCAACAUGAUAUAGUAAGUUACCAGAACAAUAAUCAGUCUUGCAUUCUGUUAGCUUAUUCAUUUGCUGUUCAAUCAAAUUUUUAUAUGUAAUUUUUUUUUAACUCGGCCAUGUUUUUUCUUUUUUAAUCAUGUCAUAAUACAUCCUGCUGCUGUCAGUACCCACAUCGCCAGGAAAGACUGAUCCAGUGAUAGCCAUACAUGGCCAUGGCACCAUGUUUCAAAGAGGAGGUGGUUUGAUUAUUUUUGUGAAUAAAGGUUUUCUGUGGUCUUCCA